UAUUGGAUUAUGAGGGAACUUCAAAAUGUACAUUGCAUAAACUACUAAAUAAGACCUUCUCCAUGAACAGACAAGAUAAACAAACAUCACCUUUUAUAGUGCCUGUAGCUAUUGCCACCCCAGACUUUCCAACUCACUGUGAAAUGGCUACAGUAAAUAUUACUCAAGACCUUGCCUCUGAACAUGUAGAAGUGGCUGAACCUGACUCCACACAGGAUGUCGAUGAGGAAAGAUUAGAGCAAGUGGUUAGUCAUCCAGAACAAUUGGAGCAUUGCACAAAAAUAUGGGAGACUUCUCAGGAGUUGUCUUUCUCCAGUGGGUCCUUGUCCUUUGUCACAUCUACACCUGUAACAGGGUUGAGCCAUUAUCGUUUCAUCAUAAAAUCUGAACAGCCUAUGCAGUAUGACCCCAACUUUACUUUUACUAACUUGGAGGCACAAAUAAAGGAACUGGAGAUGAAAGGACAAUCCAAACUUAAAUUAUUGCAUAGAGGCAGUUUAGUAAAAAGAGGAAUGACAAGGGGCUCUAUGCUGCCCCGCGUGUCCAGAAGUAAUGUUCCAGUAGCAGUGGAAAAGUCAAAACUAAUGGAACCUCCAUGUGCUCCAAAAUUUGGCCACGGUUCUUUACCACAAGCCACUGAAGGGGCUAAAAAAUUAACAAAAGAGCAUUUGCCUAACAAUGAUCUACCAGGAGGGAGUAACUGUUUUAGGCGAGGCAUGGUUUGCCCUUCACUUAGCAGGAAUACCACUGUAGGCAUUGCCCAGAAAAACUUAGGAGAGUCAGCAAGACAACUUGUUUAUCACAAGCCAAUAAAUGGUUUGUAUACUCUCAAGGCUACAGCUGCAAAGAUAGGAUCCCAUUCUUCAAACUCUAAGUUGCCCAGCAGAACUACUAAUAAACCAACAGCACAGGUUGCCCAUAACACUGGCAUUUUUUCUUUAAGAGACCCAAGCUCCACCAAUCUUGAGGAUGCUGCUCAAAGCGUUGCAUCCUUGACUGCAUGUCAAACGGCAGCCUCUGGCAACGGAAAAAGUGACUUUAUAAGAGUUGGACCUUCAAUUUGCCCACCACCUCUAACUGGUUCUCAGACAUCACCCAAAAAAAUAUACCCAAACUCAGGCUUACCCAGGCUUGCUAAAAAGAUUUAAAGGAGCUCCCUCUGAUUGUUAAAGACUACGGGUGCAGUUUGGUACUAUAUGUGCAUCAAGGACCUAAUAUUUAGU